AUGGAAAAUGGUUCGCAGCGGAAAUGGCAGUUUGGAGGGAACGAAGAGCUGAACACGGCGGCAAUCUCUGUCCGCGGAGCUCUCGCGAUGCUAAUGAAUAAUGUUAACAACCCAGAUGACGGUGAUCAUCAUCCGCAGCGGCCCACCAUUAUGCUGGGCCGUGGGGACCCUACUGAGUUCCGGUCAUUCUGGACUACUCAGUCGGCUGUUGACGCCGUCACAGAUGCCCUCCAGUCCUUCAAGUUCAACUCUUAUUGUCCGACGGGCGGUGUCCUUGAGGCAAGAAGGGCUAUUGCAGAAUAUCUCUCUCGUGACCUCUCGCACAAGUUACUAGCGGAGGAUGUAUAUCUCACUGGUGGAUGCACACAAGCAAUUGAAAUCAUGGUAUCUGUCCUUGCACGACCUGGUUCCAACAUUCUGCUUCCAAGGCCUGGUUACCCUCAGUAUGAAGCUCGGGCGUCUUUCGACCACCUUGAAGUACGCCAUUUCGAUCUUCUUCCCGAAAAGGGUUGGGAGGUGGAUCUUGAUGCUGUCGAAGCUCUUGUAGAUCACAACACUGCUGCUAUAGUUAUCAUUAAUCCUAGCAAUCCUUGUGGAAAUGUUUUCACCUACCAGCAUUUGGAAAAGAUUGCAGAAACAGCGAAGAAAUUGGGCAUCUUUGUGAUUUCUGAUGAAGUUUAUGGGCAUCUAACUUUUGGCAGCAACCCUUUUGUACCUAUGGGAAAGUUUAGUUCCACCGUACCGGUCAUUACGCUUGGAUCCAUAUCGAAGACAUGGAUUGUUCCUGGUUGGAAACUUGGCUGGAUUGUGAAAAAUGAUCCCAAGGGCAUCUUUGAUAAAACUGGGAUUGUGGACAGCAUUAAGAACUAUCUGGACAUCACUACUGACCCAGCAACGUUCAUUCAGGGAGCUAUACCUCAAAUCUUUGAGAGAACAAAAGAGACUUUUUUCUCUAACAUAGUUGGCAUCAUGAGAGAAGCUGCAGAUAUUGUAUAUGAAAUGAUUAAGGAAACCCCAUGCCUUACUUGCCCACACAAACCACAAGGAUCCAUAGUCUAUUGGUAA